CGACGAUCUCCCACUCGAUCCUCCUCCUCGUUCGCCUCCGCGACCUACCUUCGUCAUCAGUACGCCCACUCGACCUACCUUCGUCAUCAGUACGCCCACUCGACCUACCUUCGUCAUCAGUACGCCCACUCGACCUACCUUCGUCAUCAGUACGCCCACUCGGCCGCCAGUCACUCCCUCCCACGAGCAGCCGCCCGUCUCCGCUCCUCUCGGCAGCGCGAGGUGGGGAGAGGAGGAGAGGGGUGGUGGGGCGAGGUGACGCGAGGGAGAGCAGCGACGACCGAGGGGGAGAAGGGGAGUAUAUUUAGGAGGUCCAGAAGUAGCGGAAUACGAUGA